AUGCAGGACACUCCCAGACGUUUGACGAGGAUACCGCGCAGACUCAGCAACGCGCCGCGCUGGAAGAAGAUAGCGGGCGACAACGUCGGUCACAGCUUGCUCUCACGCAUGGGAUGGAAGGAAGGCAUGGGUCUCGGCGUUCAGGAAUGGAAGUGGCAGCAGCUUCGUCGUGAGAAGGAGAAGCGACUACGCUCUGCUGCCGUCCGGUCUCUGCUCCUGCGCCAAGGUUCCGGUGAUCAACAAAGGGGAUCCGAGCUGCAACCCUCGAUGCCUUUUGCACUUGAGCUUCGGGAUCGUGAGGAGCAACGCAUCGCCGCUGAGGCAUGGUUGUCCGGUCUGGUCGGACCAGAAGCCGAGUGGAUCCAAACCAUGAUGCUGAACGAACGACAAUUGCUGCAGCAGGCGUUGAUAUCGGGGCAAGUCACAAUUAAGGACCUUCAGGAGGCGCUUUCGAUCGAUGCAGACGGCUUCUCGCCUGCCCUAUUCGGCUCGCUUCAGCCGAACGAAGCCAUGCCGAUAGACGAAGCCCUGACGGAAGCGCAAGAUGAUGACGCCUUGCAAAGCGACGCUCUUCUCUACCCCGUCGAGGUCGAGCUGCGCAGUGAUCGACGCGGCAUCGGUGUCAAACGAUCCUCGACUGACGCACUUUCCGGGGCCCAUCAGCGUCGGCGUUCGCGAGCCGCAGAAGGAAGCGUCGAGAUACGGAGACAGUCUCCAGGUUCGAACGAAACGCUUGCAAAGAGGAUCCGACCAACAUCAGCGGGUCGACCUUUCAGGUCACCGACCCGCUCGCGAUCGCGUUCGGGCGCCGGAGCUAGCGGCCGUUCCGAAACGCAGGCCGAGCUCACACGAAGGCAACGUGAGCAAGCGUAUCAGCGUGACAAGCGAGACUGGCUCGAUCUGCGCGCUUCGCUUUCAUGA